AUGUGUAUCCCUAGAACGACAAUCAACACCACUAUCAAACGUUGGGAAGAAACUGGUACUGCAAAACUAAAGACUAGACCUAGGGGACCUAAGAAACUUAGUGUCACAGAUGUUAUAAGCUUUUGCUUGAGUGUGAUGAAUAACCCUUUUGAGAGUUAUGCAUAUCAUCAAAGGAAUAUGACAGCUGCCGGCGCAGCAUCUGCCAAAGGCUUUAGUUCUUACACCCCUUUUCCUAAGCCAAACUUAACCCGCGAACAGAAGAAGAGUCGAUUGCGUUGGACCAAAGCUAGAGCCAACUUUGGGAUUGAGGGUUGGAGUAGAGUGGUGUUGUCAGAUGAGUCGAGCUUUAUGCUGAAGGGCAAUGGUUCUGACCCAGCUGCGAUUCGACACUAUGUUUACAUUCCAAGAAGGCGGUACUAG